GGCCGCACUCUCCAUCGAAGGCAGCACAAGCCGAGAUCGUGAAACUUUAGCCACUAGCUACAGAAUUCGAAUAAACCUUUAAUUUCUGGCAUACGUUAAUGUGUAGAUUUUUGUAUUUUUUAACUUCGUUAAUAUGUCGAGAGCGAAUGACUUGGAACUGCAAGAACUUUUUAUAAUUUCUCAAAUAAACGGGAUAUUUACUAUAGGAAUGACGGUGACCACAGGAUUUGAAUGGCAAGCUGUUGACGAGUGCAGGGAGAAAUUAAAACCAACGACAGGCAUUGUUAAAAGACGUGGGAAGAUAUAUUGCAAUGUAUCGUUGGAUCAAUUCUUAAAAGUGCAGGAAAUGCGUUCGGUGGAUAACAUAUACAUAAUCGCUGACGUGAGUACCUUCAAUUUUAUAACAUCCGAGAAAGAGGGGAAUUUCGAAUUAAUAAGAGACGCUGUACAAAACAAUAUGGGCUUAGAAAAGCACCUGAAUGCGUGGAAAAUAGCAACACAUUUUCGAGGGAUCUUAUACCCCACCGAGGAAGAAUUUAAUUCAGCACACGCAAGUCAUAAAACAAGGAAGGAGCAAUUCAACGAUAAUACGACCGUCAAUAAUAGGAGUAAAAAAAGAGGACAAGAUCCAUCAACGGUGCAGGAAAAUAGUAUUUUGAAGUUCAGAGUAACUUGCGAAAGAACCGGUGAGCAUGCAUUUGAAUCCGGAGAGGUUGCAAAACAUGUCGGUGCUGUAUUACAGGAUAAGUACCACUGGCUGGUUGAUCUCAUUGCAUAUCACCUAGAAGUCGUUUGCCACUUAAUCAGCGAGGAGUUUAUAGUAGGCUUGCGGGUCACAACAGAAUCUAAACAUCGUAGAAAUAUAUCCCAUUUUGGACCAACAACGUUGCGGGCUACCGUUUGCUACAAUUUAUUACGACUGGCACAUCCAAAACUUGGUGAUGUUGUCAUCGAUCCAAUGUGUGGCGGUGGAUCGAUUCCAAUUGAGGCGGCGAUGGCGUACCCUGAAUCUUAUAUUUUUUGUGGAGAUCAUCAUAGCAAAGCAGUAAAUCGUGCAAAAUGUAACAUCGAUGAUAUGAGAAACAAGGGUACAAUCGACGUAUUACAGUGGAAUGCUUCGAAAAUACCGUUGAGAUCAUCCUGUAUCGAUAUUUUCGUUACCGAUAUGCCUUUUGGCAAACGAAGUGGAAAUAUGUCAGAUAAUAGAGUACUGUAUAAACAAAUUCUUACAGAGUUGGGUCGAGUUACAAAAAUUGGAACCGGCCGUCUGGUAAUACUCACGUACGAUAGGCGAAGCAUUAAUUUGGCCAUUAAUAGUGUUAAGAAUUUGUUCCACGUGACGAAGAUGCUUGGCGUAAAUAUAGGAGGAUUGCAAGCAGUAGUAUAUGUUUUAAAACGAUCUGUAAAAGCUUUUAACGAUUAUAUAUAAAUGCACGGAGCGUUUUACAAUUUAAAAACGGCAAGGGGUUAUAAAUAAAGAGAAGACAGUAGUAAACUAUAUAAUGUGACGUGUAAAUAAUAUAAAGUCGUACUUGAUGCGAAAAGUAGCAUCCUACUCGAAGCCUGACUUUUUACACAAUUAAAUGUUUAUAUUUUAAUACAUUUUAUAUGUUAUAUGCAAUUGUGCAAGGAUUGUAGCGUUUACGACUCGUGCUCGAAAAAGUUUAAUUAGAAGUUGAGUUCAUUACCGUUAUUGAAAAUACAUAUGGACGUUUAAAGCAAUGAUUUCAUCACAGGAAUACAAAUGUAAUGUAUUUACUAAAAGAUAAUAUAAUGUUUUUACCGAA